GUUUUAAGUUAUGGUGGCAAAUGUCAAAUACCCUCAAAAUGUGUAAUGUGUUUUAUUGGCUUGGAACAUAGACACAGGCAACAAAUGGGACACGAGAUUUUCUUCCUUUAUUUUUUUUUGUUUUCUAAUAAAUUAUCCCUUUUCUUUUUCAACUUGACACUACUAUAGACAGAUUUCGCACUUGAAAAUUCUGAUUCCCAAAUUCUUUCUCUUUCCUUUCCUACAUAUAUGACAAUGAAAGAAUGAGAACAAUACAACAACAGGUCCAACUGGUGGAGUGGACUCUGGAGGAGGUUCUUCUACGUACCUUUAUCUAUAAUUACAUUUAUUCUUCUCUCUCUGUCUCUCUACCGAAAUUCAUAUUGACCAACCUCGACCUUUAUCCAUGGCCUCAGCCCUUGCUGCCGAGCUUUUACCAGAACAUGAGGCGAGAGAGCAUCUACUAGAGGUUGAGGAAGAGAAGGAGAAUGGAGCAACUGAAGUGAAAUUUCAGAUUCGAGAUCUGACAAAAGAAUUAGAGAACGGGGAUCAGAUUCUAAAGGGCGUGAGUGUGGAUAUACCCAAAGGAAUGAUCGUCGGAAUCAUCGGUCCCAGUGGUAGCGGCAAAUCGACGCUGCUCAGGGCACUCAAUCGCCUUUGGGAGCCACCUUCUGGCUCUGUCUUGUUAGACGGACGUGAUAUCUGCAACCUUGAUGUUCUAACGCUCCGCCGUAAGGUCGGCAUGCUCUUUCAGCUUCCCGUUCUCUUCGAAGGCACAGUUGCAGAUAAUAUAAGAUAUGGACCCCAGCUAAGCGGUAAAAAGCUAAGUGAGCAUGAAGUACACAGAUUACUUGCCCUUUCAGAUCUUGAUUCCUCCUUUUACAGUAAAAUGGGUUCUGAGCUCUCAGUGGGUCAAGCUCAAAGAGUGGCACUUGCUAGAACUUUAGCUAAUAAGCCUGAGGUUUUGCUUCUGGACGAACCAACAAGCGCCUUAGAUCCCAUAUCGACCGAGAACAUAGAGGAUGUUAUAAUAAAGCUGAAGAAGAAACAGGGGUUGACUGUUAUAAUGGUUUCACACAGUAUUAAACAAAUACAGAGGAUUGCUGAUGUAGUUUGCCUUCUCGUUAAUGGUGAGAUUGUUGAGAUUUUAAACCCUAAUAAGCUCUCCGAGGCCAAGCACCCCAUGGCCCUAAGGUUUCUUCAGCUCAGCUCUUGAAAGCUCUGAAUUAUUGUAUAUCUUUUUUAUUAUUUCCGAGCUGUAAUGGUCUAUUCCAAAUCAUAAUUGAGGUUUGGAAUGCUCAAUGGUGAAUCCUAUAAUUUGGUUAAUGAUCUCACCAAGUUCUGAGUUGCUUCCUUAACUGAAUAAUCUUACUUUGAAAAUGAGAAGCAUUUUAGUUUUCAGUAUAUAAAA